GGCAGUGAUCUCAUUUGCCGAGGGAGUUACAGCGGCAGAAUAUCGCAUCGUAACUGGCCUUGACUAUAAAGUUGCCUAAGCGAAGGGGCGUAGACUGUGUUUAUCACAACUUCGGAUACUCUUGGGAAAUGUUAAUGUUCUAGGGUUGUACCCAGUGGGCUGGGCUAUAAAUAGGGGCAGUCAGCAUCUCCUUCUCGAAGCGGCUCGGCGGUGGCACCUCCCUCGCCACCUACCAGGAGCAUCAUCUCCUCCCCACCUUUCCCUCUCAUAGGAUCACUGUUCCUGCUGAACUCCUGCUCCUCGCUACACCAUGACUGACCACAGCAAGGUGGUACCACGCCCGCUCUUCCACCGGGACAUGAACUCGGACCCUUUCCAUGGUUGGGCUCGGCCGAGCCGGAUCUUUGAGCAGGACUUAGGGCUGCCUCCCUUCUUGGAGCCCGGGGACCUUGGCUGGAUUAACUGGGCCCGACGCCGCCUUGCUAUGUCAUCCUGGCCAGGGUAUACGCGGACCCCGCUCUUUGCCUCAUCCGGCCUGCCUGGCCCCCAGCACCAACACGAGGUAUCUGGGGGGGUGUCGGAGCUCAGGACCGGGCCCGACUGCUGGAAGAUUGUGCUGAAUGUGAAACACUUCUCACCAGAAGAAAUCACAGUCAAAACCAAGGAGGGCUACCUGGAGAUAGCAGGGAAGCAUGAGGAGAGGCAGGAUGAACAUGGAUUCGUCUCCAGAUGCUUCACAAGGAAGUACAAGCUCCCUUCCGGGGCAGACCUUCUGAACAUCAGCUCAUCGCUUUCUGGGGACGGCGUGCUGACUGUGGAAGCCCCGCUGAUGCCCCUUGGUCCCACGCUCACGCCCGAGAUCGUCAUUCCCAUCCAGGUGGAAGAGGAAGGAAACAACGGGGGGAAGGAUCUGAGAGAGAUGAAGCAGGGGAAUUUAGAGGAAACAGCACCCCCUGCUGGUGGGGAGGAGCACUGGGCAAGAGAGGAAAAGCCCAAGUCUGGAGUUACGCCUCAUGCCAUUAACCUGUAAAUGGGAAACCUGGUUUGGUGCAGUGGACCAGCCUGGCUCACCAUCACAACGUGCUUGACGCAGACCUGCUUUCAAUGCUGUACAGUCCAACCCCUGAUAACACAUGACCUGCACUGAGCAGACGUCUGGGUCAGGGAGGAUUAAUGAUGCGACGCAGCAGCUAGUAACAAGUCACCGGCUUUGGCAGGACACCUGACUGAAAACGGGGUUGCAUAUCGAAUAUUCAGCAUAAACUAAAUAUAAAUUAAUUGAAUGAUGGCUUCUGAAGGAGCUGCCAGGACACUGAACAUGCAGUCAGUGUGGUUCCCACUGCUUGUCCUUAGUUAACUGUAAAUCCACUUAACCUGUGUUUUUUUCAAAACUCCAAAAAGGUUAUCAUUUAGUCUUCUGACUGUUUAUUUAUAUAGAUUUAUAUACCACAAUUAUACGUACUGGUAAAAAAGAACACAAAUUACUUAUAAACACUAAUAAUCUCAGGAAUAUGGAAGAUGCAUAUUUUACAGUCCAUUUCAUUCAGAUUCCAACAGAAAAGAAAGGGAAUUAUAAUAGGAUGGUUGGUGGGGGUUGGGGCCGAGGAUUGUGGGGCUGGCGAGGUCUUUGGCAUUGUCCCACCGUGUUUGAGCUGCACAUGUCCCUGUGUCAAGCCAUGGGUGUCUCCUGAGCCCUGGGUUCUGGCUCCCCACCCUUGAUGCCAGCGGCAUCUCUGCUGAAGAGGUAAUAAGGUGGGGUGUGUGGAGCCUCGAUAAUGAGGACACCCUCGGGGGAGAGGGAGGCGAAGACUGCCAGGGGGUCGACAGUGCCUGGGAUCCUGGGGACAGAAAUGAGAAACGGAGCUCAAUCCGGUGUCCCAGCAUGAAACCGGGCAGCGGCUAUCAGGAUCUGCCCCAGCUGAUUUCACUCAAAACCUGUCCACAGCUCCACUGACUCACUUAGCAAUUGCAUAUAUUUUGUCUACUGAUAAAUAUUCUUCAGAAUAAUAUAACUGAUAUAUAUAUACUUUCUGAGUAUUGUGUUAGGUAGCUACAGAGUUGAAUAUGUCGUACACUUUUUAAAUGUAAAAAUUAUAACCAUGCUAAUAAACUAUUCAGACAACACCAA